AUAAUAGCCUAGAACCUGUGAUUUUAUUCAUCCCGACGAAAACCUCUGCGGCAUAUAUACAUACGUAUAAAUAUACUCUGUUUUUUUUUCGACCCUUCGUUUUAGCCCAAACCAAGCCCUUAAAAUACUUCUCAAACCUUCCCCUUCGUGAGACGAAUCCAACGGUGAAAGAAUCGUAGAAAACGGUCGUGAAACGAUAGAGAUAUCGCUCGCCGGAGUUGCAAGUUGUGGAAGCGGGUCCUUAUAAAAAGCAGAUAUUUUGCCGUAGAUAGGGGUGGAGGAGCUUCGUCUCGCCGCAAGGAUCAUUUUGCAACUUGAAUCGUCGAAAUCUGUUAUCUGUGUUGAGUUGAUCGAUGUUGAAGUUGAUUUCGAGAGAGAGCUUUCGCUAGAAAACAUUAUUAGUAAAUCAUUGUUCGACUCCACACAUACUGCUCCAUUGACUUUAGACAAGGAAAACAGAGACAAGCAACAUAUCGCACUGUUGCUCAGCUAAUCUCCCAUAAAUUUUUGGAUGCAUCAAGGAAACCGUAUGCACCAAAUCAAAUCCGGGAAGACAUGAGUGUGGCCCAUGGCAUUUCCAUGUCAUAUAAGAAAGCAUGGAAAGCUCAAAAGCUAGCCAUGCAAAGGCAAUUUGGAUCUGAUUUUGAGUCUUAUCAGAAACUACCUUCCAUGGCUUAUAUGCUAGAAAAGAGAACCCGAAUUCUGCAAUUUCUUUAAUAAUAGGUGAUGAGGAUGAGUUUCGUUACUUUUUUAUGUGUCUUUCACCUUGGCGGCAGGCAUGGGAUUUUUGCAGACCUGUUUUAAUUGUUGAUGGCUCAUUUAUGAAGGCAUACUAUAAGGGGACACUACUAACAGCUUGUGGCCAAGACGCUAACGGUCAUAUUGUACCUUUAGCUUUUGGAAUAUGUGAUUCCGAAUCCAAAGCUUCGUGGAAUUGGUUUUUGAGCCAAGUGCGUGACAGUAUAACCUUCCGACCUGAUAUGUUUAUUGUAUCUGACAGACAUGAAGGUAUUCUAAGUGCUGUUAAGGAUAUUUUCCCUCAUGCUCUUCAUGGAUAUUGUGUGGAGCACCUUCGGCGUAACAUGGUUCCAAAGUUUAGGGGCGCGGGUAAGAAUUUGGGUUGGAAAUUCAAGGCUGCCUACAUGGCAUCGACACUCAAGGAAUUUGAGGAAUAUAUGUCCUUGUUGGAUUCUGAGGAUAUUCGUAUAUGACCUUGGCUUGAGAAGAUUGGUUUUGAAAAGUGGACCAAGUGCAUGUCUGGUCCUAGGAGAUACGAUAUCAUGACUUCCAACUGUGCUGAAUCUAUGAACAACGUCAAUGUCUCUGCAAGGGAGUAUUCUAUAUCAAAACUUGUUGAUUUCUUGAGGGAAAGAAUGCAGCAAUGGUUUUCAGAAAGGAAGGAAAAUGCUGAGAAAACACGUACAUUUUUUGCUCCCACAUGUGAGAAGCAUUUGGUGGCCCUUCAAGGACAAGCUUGCAGAAUGCAGGUGAAGCCAGCAUCUUAUACAGAAUUUGAGGUGGUUGAUAGACAUUGUCGGUCAUUUGUAGUUGAUCUGAAUUCUAAGACAUGCAGUUGCGGGGUCUUUCAAUUGUCUCAUUUCGUUUGUGUGCAUGCUGUUACUGCUAUUGGUACCAGGCCAGCCAUGUCAUGCUAUGAUUAUAUAUCCAAAUAUUACACUCGAGAUUACUGGUUGUCCACCUGGAGUGGCGUUAUGCACCCUAUUUGUGAUGUGGAGUCUUGGUCAGUUCCUCCUGAUGUUUUGAAUGUUCGUUGCAAGCCGCCUUCGUGUCAAAAAAGACCACCCGGUCGUCCCAAAAAGUCAAGAAUCCCAUCAAUUGGUGAACAUCGUCGUACGAAGCGUAAAAAAUGUUCCCGCUGUCAUGCUAUUGGUCACAACAAAAAAAACCUGCCGCAAUCCUGAUGUAUUUUUUAAGUUUUCUUCUUUAAGAAUUUUUAAUUAUGGUGUCAUUGUUUUGAAAUGUCCAUGUUGAUUACAUAAAUUUAUGCACAAUUUAGAGCCAGUAGUUUCCUCAAUUCAUGUAUUUGGAUUACAUGAUGUUUUAAUUUCCUUUAAACGAUUACGUGUUUUGCACUA